GCACUUUAUCAAGAAUUAUGCUUAAAACGUUUCGUUUAACCAAAACAAUUAAAAAAAGUAUAUAUGUAUGUGCUCGACUACAAACUGCAAUGGCAAGCGAAUCACAAAGCGCGCGCCAAAAAGCCUUUCAGGCCGCAAAGCAUCGUUAUGCGAAUUAUGAACACGUGCAUCAUAGCUCGUUCCUUGAGGUCCAGGUAGGACCAUUAAACGACUUUCGACAGCGUAAAAUAGCAUAUCCCUCGUUGGAAGAGCUCUGUCAUGUCCAGCAUGAUGAAACACUUUCUGAUUCAACAUAUCCAGACAACUGGAUGGAGGAUUACGAGUUUUACGAAGGCGCCAAAGACGAGUUGGGAAAUGUGGACUCAAAACAUGGAACCCCAGACCGAACAGUACCACCUUCAAAGGUGCCUUGCAAUGGCUGUGGUGCGCACUUGCAUUGCGCCAACUCUUCUUUGCCCGGUUAUAUACCAAGCGAAAUCUUCAGAGGUAGAAGUCAGACCGAAUUGCAGACUAUAACCUGCCAACGUUGUCAUUUUUUGAAACACUACAACAUAGCACUGGAUGUGGAGAUAGAGCCGUCCUCGUACGUUGAAACUAUAUCGCAAAUUAAGGAUAGGUUUGCUUUGGCUAUUGUGAUAGUUGAUGUGCUAGAUAUGUUUAUAUGGCCAAACAUGCAGGAGCUUUUGGGGAACAAACGUCCAGUUUUUAUUAUAGGGAACAAGGUGGACUUGUUGCCACGUGAUUCCAAUAAAUAUUUGGAGCACGUGAAGAAAUGCUUGCUACAGCAGUUUACAGAGCGUUGUGGAUUUGACGCCUUAAACAUCAAGAAUGUCAGUCUGAUCUCUGCUAAGACUGGAUACGGAAUCGAGGAACUUAUCACGCAGCUGCACAAAAUUUGGCAAUACAAGGGUGAUGUUUAUUUGCUCGGAUGCACUAAUGUGGGCAAGAGUACCCUCUUCAACAUCCUGUUGAAUUCUGACUAUUGUCGUCCGGAGGCCAGUGAACUGAUCCGUAAAGCCACCGCCUGUCCCUGGCCUGGCACAACGCUUCAGUUGCUGAAAUUUCCCAUCUUGCGACCCUCAGACUUGCGCGUGUAUCAGCGUUACCAGAGACUUUUUGCUGAGCGUACUCAGCGUGCGGCGCUGGACAAACUUCGGCGAGAUCAGGUGCGCGAAACGGGCGCAGUCACCGCAGCACAAUUAAUUGGCCAAGUGGGGCGUACUUUUGAGCAACGCCAUGAUGUAACAGAUGCAUUUAGCAUGGCAGCAGGUACGCAACCUAUAACGACAUUAAACGAAAAAAAACGGGAAUACAGAGAGGCGCGUUGGGUGUACGAUACACCUGGAGUUAUGCAGCCCGAUCAACUGACGCCUCUACUCACAACCGAGGAGCUAUUGCUACUGCAUCCCACUAAAAUGAUACGGCCACGGGCUUAUCGAUUAAGAUCGUCCAUGACCCUAUUCUUGGCUGGGUUAGCGCGUAUCGAUUUGUUGUCCUGUCAAAGUAAAAACGCCGAUUUGGAUUGGCUGAAAGUAUUUGUGUUUGCAUCGCCCAACUUGCCAGUACUUAUUGCAGAUACAGAGCAAGCGGACUCAGUGUAUCAUCGUUACCUGGGUACACCAUUGUUGGGUAUACCGAGAAAUGACAAUAAUGAGAUGCGGCUGGAACGCUGGCCAGGCCUGAAACCAAAAAACGAAGAUAUUUUCCUGAAGAGCAAUCUGGAACACGGGAAUAUUAAAGGAGGUGAAAGAAAACUAAAUUGUGAUAUAACACUGAGCUCUGCCGGCUGGCUAGGAUUGUUGCUACCGGAGAGUGCGGAAUGUACCGUGCGAGUGUGGACGCCACAUGCAAGAGGAAUAUAUGUGCGGGAGCCGGCGUUGAUACCAUUGGCGGACCGAUUAGUUGGCAAGCAUAUAAGAAACUCGCUUGCCUACAACACAUCCAAGCCAUUUGUUUUUAGAAAAUAAGAUAACUUAAUAUUUAAAUAUUUACAAAG